CCGAGGUUUUUUGCUCAGAAAUUCCACUUUUUUGGCCGAUUCUUUGCCAAUUCGAGUCAGUAAAUUGUAGUCCGCAGUCGAUAUUUAAUGUUAUUUGAGAUCUGGAACACUAAACGGCGUUAAAAUUGCGUUCAUACUGCGUACCGAUCUCUGCAAAACCAUGUCCGGGAAUCUCCACAGUGGUGUCCAAGACGUGGCUGAGAUCCUGGAUGACGAUCCGGACAUCAACAGACGGAUUGAUGAAGAUUUUCACGAUGAUCUGAGCAGGAAGGUCUCCUUGGGAUCGCCGGGCGCGUUCUCCGGAACCCAUUUCAACCCGUUGAGCAGUCAAAUGAGCACUGUGAGCAACACGAGCGAUGGAGCCUUGUUCUGCGAAAUUUGCAAUAUUCGAGUGACCAGCACGAAAAUCCUCCAACGGCACUUGGAAGGGCGGAAGCACAAGUCCAGAGCGGAAAGAAGAGGCAAAUCGUUCCAUUGUGACCUUUGCGAAGUGACUGCCAACAGCGAAAUUCAACUCAACAUUCACUUAUCAAGUUCCAAGCACAAAUCGCGCGUCGCCCGCGAAGAAUACAAAGAAUUUUUCGACGUUUCCUCGUACUCGAAAAGCAUGUAUGUGCUGCUGUUUGCUGUAUUCUGCAUAAUUCUCAACUUGAUCAUUCUGGUCAAAGUGGCCAUGUAGACCCAGCAGCAGCCCGCAACAUAAUCGACCACCCAACUGAUCUCCGACGACGUUUUUAACAUUGUUGUUUCCUCAAAUCAAACGAAAAUUCGCAAAGAAAAUACUAUGAUAAUAACAUGCGUUUAAGUGUCUGGUUGUCGUACGCAACCAACCUUAAUUGUUCUGUACUUGUUCAUGUUAGUUUUCAGUUUUAUAUAUUGUAGCUGUAUGAAUUGUUCGAAGUUAUUUAUUUAGAUACAGGUGUGUCAAUGUGUAACGGAAACGAUACGACUGAUUACAAAUAUUUCCUUUUUAUGAAAUAUUUCGAUGCAAAUAAGGUUUUUACAUUUUCCGAGUUCCACAUGGCACUGGAAAUUAAAACAUUUAUCGAAUAUUUACGAUCAACUAGAUGAGUCCAGAUCUCCAAAGACCACAUGCGUUUUUCUCGUUAUACGUUCUCGUCACCUCAUUAUUGAAAAUAUUAAUUGUUUAAUUAUAGUUUAUUUGUAUCUACUAAUUAUUACUUUUAAUUAAUUUUAAAAGGUGUCGCCCAAUUAGGUAAAGUUACUAUACAUACAUACAUAUAUAUAUAUUUACAUACAAUCGUUUUAACUAUUUUUUUUAAUUGCAAAAUCUUUCCUGAAAUAUUUUGCCAAUUGAAAGGCUUUACGUAUUUUUUUCAAAGAUGAUUAUUAUUGAGCUUAAUAUAUAUUACAUAAAGUUAUUGAGUCA